GUGUAGAUCUAACUGAGCUAUAGCUAGCUAGCUAGAUUCGACUAUUAUGGCAAGACGAGUACUGCUGUCCUACAUUGACAGGAAUAAACCCAUAAGCAUUCCUGAAGAUAAUGGGGAAAGUGAUAUUUCCUUUUUAAAGCGGACGUUUAUGAAGUGUUUUGAUUACACAAAAAAUGUGAAACUCUCUAUCACAUUUCAACGCUUUGAUCCCGAGUGGGAACAGUACAUAGAUCUGGAUGAAGAUGCCACAAUUGAACACAAAGAUAAAUUAAAGGUUGUUGUAUCUCCUUUGUUGACAGAUGUCUCGAGAUGUUCUACGGAGGAUGUCCACGAGAUGGAAGUGGGAAAUAGAUCUACUAACAGCAUGGAAAGUAGUCCAGUUGAGAUGUAUACACUCCUGUUACAAGCACUCCUGUUACGAACACUCCUGUUACGAACACUCCUGUUCGAACACUAUGUAAGCGAACACCAUCGAAUCCGAAUAUCCGACGAUGAUAAUCCCUUUAAGUUGAAACGAAAGCGAAUGUGCUUCACUAAAGACAGUUCUAAUGACACCAUUAGCGUUGAUGAAGCGAGAGCUGACGAUAGUUUGCGAAAAGAAGAAUAUACUAUGAUACCACUGCCAAGUCUUGUAAAGCGUAUAAAACAAGAAGAUACACCUUUGCCUGAUCCUUUUCACUUUCCUAAAAACUAUCGACCUGACGUUGAGGCUUGCUUGGCUGCCAAAAAAAUGACUGGUGUUGCGCGAGCCAAUUUAUACACGACAAUUGCACAUGCAAUGUACCAGUAUAAGAAGUCCCCAUCCCAUGACGACUACGUUAGUAUUGCUCGGCAAAUCAUAGAGAAGCAUCCCUUUCUUGCUGCUAAAGGAAUGGAAACAUCAUAUGGUGGCAUUGUGCAAACUUUAAUCGACCGGUUUAAGGACUUUAACCAAAAGAAGCGAACUGCACAAAGUGAAUCCGGUGAGAAUGGCAGCAGUGGCAGCCGAAAAGUUUUCAACAAACUUCCUGGUGCUCAUCGGAGCGACUCUUUCCAACCCCCUCUCAUACCACCUGGAGAAGAUGAGGCACCAUACGAGCGGCACAAUCGUGUGCUCUGUGCUGAGUGGGGCAAGGCUUCCCGAAAUGCUGCAGUGAUAGAACAACUGAUGGGCCUAUCAUUUGCGCUGCGUAGACGAGACAUAAUGAAAGGGAUGGAUCUUAUUACAAUAUUUUCGAAUUUCCCCUUUCUUCAGGAGAGUCAACAGUUGUUGCGAGAACUAGAGCGAAUCUCAGGAAUUAUUGUGACGUUUAAUCUAAUUGGAUUGACAAAUGGGUGCCUCGAAUCAUUGCUCAGGGCAAUUUUGAGAGUACUAAUGGAAAGAGAAGACUUGUUGCCGUCAUUGAAAUGGCCUCAUCGUUAGGUUGGAAUGACUCUCUACUGGCUCUGACAAUACUUCCGUUUCUCUUGGCUGAUAGUAGAAGCAAGCCAGACCAUCAUAAGCUGUUGGUUCCAUGUCAGAGCUGCUUGAAGACAUCAAGAAGAGGCAAAAGUCGCCGUAUGUUGUGCUAACUGGUGAGGACCAAGAAGUGCAAGCAUUCCUUAUUGUGGAUAAAACCUUAAUAUGCGAAUGUACCUCAAUUCAAUCCAUCCCACUGUAUCUGAUGUCUUCCUUCUUCUCAUUCCACAUCCAGUAUACGCCAGGAUGUCAUAACGUUUAUUCCUUUCUAGAACAUGCAUUACUAGGAUAUAAAGAAACUACCACCUUCUGUGAAUCACUUCAUUGCUUCACUUCAGAGUCAGGCUUAGCUAGUUAUUUUUGUUUGUGUAAUAUGUAAAUA